AAAUCACGCCCGCUCAGGCUGUUUCCCAAACGGUGCCCGUGACGGCAUGUAUUAGAAAGUGGUCCUUGUAGCCGACAAGCCCUCGUCUCAGGCGCUGCUGCUGCUGCUGCUGCCCCACCAACUAUCUGUCUACUGCUUCUUCACUGCACAUAUAUUGAGAGAGUGAUCAAGUUGGUUCUCCGUCAGCGAAAUAGUGUCCACUCCCUCGGUGUAGCGUCGCAAGCGUUUUUUCCCACUACGAUUUACUUUCCCACGGAGAGAUCGCCUUUUUGAUACAUUCACCUCAUACUGUCCCAAGAACUCUCUCGAAACACCGUAUAGCUCCCCUUCUGUAGCACUCUAAGACCUCUGUCACCGCUCACAGGAUCAGAAGACCUCACUCAUGUCCAGGGAGAGUGCCGCCGCCGGAAUCCUGCUUUAUCGCCUCCGUCCUCACCAAGCAGUGGACUUUUUGCUCGUCAACGACUUUCUAUCGCAUAAACGACACUGGACGCCUCCGAAGGGCAAACUUAUCGGCAAGGAGGAUGAAUUGAAGUGCGCGUUGCGAGUUCUGCCGGACGUCGUAGGCAUCAAUGUGAGGGACAUACACAUCGAGGAAGGCUUUCGAGCGGAAAUCAAGUACCUGUCUGGGACGAACGUUAAGAGAUGUGUCUUCUUCCUGGCGCGUGUUCCGCCCGCCCUUCGUAUUUUGCCCGGCGGGGUCGGGGAAAUGAAUACUGCGUGGUGCAAUCUGAAGCAGGCUUCAGACCGAAUGCAAUACAAAAACAUGCAAGAUGUUCUUUCGCAAGCGGUAGCUUUCGUUGAGCAAUUGCAAGCACGACAAACAGUCGCAACAGGUGCAUCGUCCGUAGGAGGAGGUGGAGCAGCGAAUGAAGACGAUGGAUCUGCUUCCGCGCAGAGACAAAACAGGCGGCGGCUGGGAGGGCCAGGGCGAGAUGGGGAGAAGAAUGGGAGGAACAGCUCGGACGAUGAACAGCGUCGAGGCGGUCCGAACAGACGAGGAGGUCAUGAGAAGGCCGGUGGCAUGGUAUUUGGACCGAAUACCAACAGAUCGUGGCGUGAACCACAGCCGAAAGAGGGAAUCAGGAUCCUGCAACACGACCCAGCCGAGCUUCACAACGGUCAGCCGCCUCGGGAUCGCGAGUGGAAUGACGAUUUCAGGCCUCGCCCGAACAACCGUAAUGGACACGAUCAGAAUCACACUUCGGCAUCGCAAAACCCCCUUUUCAAGACUCGAUUGUGCGAAAGGUUCGAGGUAGAAGGGACCUGCCCGUACGGAAGCCGGUGCACCUUCGCUCAUGGCCAAGCGGAUUUGCGAGAGAGGCCUACAGGCGCGGGCGAAGUCAACGAUAAGCCUGAGGGUCUUACGCUCUUCAAAACGAGGAUGUGCGAAAGAUUAUUGAAGGAAGGCUUCUGUCAGUAUGGACCGCGGUGCAAUUUCGCCCACUCUGAAAGUGAACUCCGGCAGAGGCCGAAUCCCCACAGCCGUGACCAUGAUCAUGAAGAUCGUCCUGCUCAACAGCAGGAGCAGCGGCAACAGCCGCCGCCGCAGCGUCAUAUUCCCCGAAGCGCGCCUAUGCCACCACUUAUACCACAGCCUCCUCCACCAUCGAUAAAGAUUCUGGCGAGGCCAAAGCUAGACGCGGACUGGCGGUCAGGAACUCCGCCACAGAGGAAGGACACCCCUGUCAUCGCUGGAGAGACCACGUCAGGACCGCAAGCAGCUAUUCGGAACCACGAAGCGUUGCCUAUCACCGCUCCAGCAACACCACCACCUCCUGCUGCACCCGUCGCAGCAGGUCCAGCCGCGAUCACCACCAACAAGACGCGCAGCAAGCCAGAUUCAGGCGCCGCGAUAAGGGACCUGUUGAAGGGAGGAGACAACGACAAGGAGAAACCGUGGAUGCGCGUGCUCGACCUCUCCGAGCUGGAACGGGAGAACCUCCAAAACAGCCGGCACCCCACCCCUCCACCGCACCCCGCCAACCCCGGGGGCUCCAGCACACCCACCCCCACCACAACCCACAUCGAACAACAACGCGCCCAUCUCGAAAAAUCCCUCACCGCCUCCCUCUCCACCCUCCUCCUCGGCAACAACCUCACCCAGCAGGAAGAGAUCAAGGAACUCACGCGGAUAGAGUUUAAGCACGACCUGCGCAAGAAACAGGUGUUUGCGAUCCUGAUUGGCGCGCUGAUGGCGGAUGGCGCGUAUGAGAGUGCGAGGGUGAAGAGGCGCACGGAGCUGUUUAGGAAGUUUAUGACGCAUAGGGAUGAUCAGAAGGAUUUGAUGAGGGCGGUUGAGAGAAUUGCGUUGAGGAGCUCCGUGGGUGCUACUGGAACUACGGGUGCGGGUACGAGCGUCAAUGGACAUGGGAAGGCUGUAAUGAGCAAGAUUCUGGUGCUUUUGAAGGAUCUUUAUGAUGCCGACCUCGUAGAAGAAGACAUCAUCCUCGCCUGGCAUAGCUCCCUGUCUCCUGAAGCCGCGGACCUCAAACGACGCGUAGAACCAUUCGUGUCCUGGCUGCAGACAGCUGAGGAGGAGGAUGAAGAGUGAACGGCGAGCCUAGGAGGAAAUUCCGAACCCUUUGGGGCGUGGAAAGCUUGCUUGCAUCGCUAGAUGUAGGCGUGAUGUUUGAAUCUCAUUUUGUGAAGGUGAAGGGUUCAACGUGUCCUUCUUUGCCACGCACAACAUGUACAUAUAAACUGGAACAAUUUGCAAAUAUGUGCGCUCUGUGGAAGU